AUGGUUAUGAUCAUAAACCAACUCGGCGACGGUUCGACACUAAACCUCCAUUGUAACUCCACUGACGACGAUUUCGGCUUCAAAAUUCUCGCUCCGAAUAAGUCUUGGUCAUUUUAUUUUAGACCAAACAUAUGGAGAUCGACAAGAUGGUGUCUACAGUACUCGUCAAUGAGGGAUUUCAUGCAUCUACUGUUUCUGGAAUAUAAGCAAAGAUGGACCAUGCAGGAAGUGACAGGGGUUGAGAAGAGAAAAUCUUUCUUCGUCCGGACGCUUAGGCUAAGGCUGCUGCUGAUCUUGACUUUGGCCAGAAGACGGUCCAGUGUUAAAAAGGCUGCUGCUGAUCUUGACUUUGGCCAGAAGACGGUCCAGCGUCGCUGCAUUGGAAGAAGCUUGGUGGUGUAUCAUAUCUAUGGGGAACACUGGCUUCACUUCUUGGAUGGUACUGAGCUUGUAAUGUUCUCACCAUCCUAUGAGUAUCACCUUUUGUCUCCGAGAUCAGAUAAGCCAGCCUAG